GCGCGGCCCCAAUGCGGGGCGACCGCGGGAAAAUUCCAAAAAGGUCAAAACAAAAUAAAAAGCCAGUACGAGGCGAAGCCAAAUUUUCAAGCCGCAGAACCCAGGCGGCGGCUCCCUUUCGGCCACUGCCCAAACUGCCGAAGCAGCUCCGGCGCGGACCACCCGCUUCAGAGAAGAUGUGAUAGAAUGAAAUGAAUGUAUGGAGAGAAGUAUGGGAAAACUCUUACAGUUACCAGUUUAAUGAAGGAUAUCAUAAAGGAUACAAGCCAACAGCCAGAUGAAGAGAUACACAGGUCAAGGUCCUGAAUAAAGGGGUAUCUGUCUUUGUGGAGCUUGGGGCCUGGCUCAGAGGCAUGUGGAAGCAUCUGGUUCCCCAAGUGUAGAAGCUCUCUGAACAGCUGUUUUAGAGUAGCUAAAAGAGCCAUGUUUUGAAGACACUGAAGAACUGCAAAGGAACUCAGGACUCAAGGGUUAUGAACCUGAGUGAAGAAAGCUCAGAGCACUGAGCAGACACUCCACAGCCACUCUUCACUCUCGGGCAUUUGCCAUUUUGUGAGAAGCUGGGAGAGACCAAGACCCUGAGCCACCAAAGGUCAGAGAGAUUGAUGUGCGCCCAGUUUCCUUCAGUGUUUGGCAGGCCUCUGGGAAGGUACAGCAUCUUUGUUCUUUCUUGGAGAUGGCUCGAGAUGCGGUCAGCCUUUCUUCUGACUACCAGUUUUGGAUGUGGAAGCUCUCAGUGUGGGACCAGGCCUCCACACUGGAAGCCCAGCAGGACACCUGCCUCCAUCUGCCUAGGUUCCAAGAGUUCCUGAGGCAGAUGUAUGAAGCCUUGAAAGAGAUGGAUUCACAUACUAUCAUGGAAAGAUUCCCCACAAUUGGUCAACUGUUGGCAAAAACCUGCUGGAAUCCAUUUAUCUUGGCAUAUGAUGAAAGCCAGCAAAUUCUCAUGUGGUGCCUUUGUUGUCUGAUGAGUAAAGAGCCACAGGAUUCUGGAGAACCAAGACUUAACUCCUGGACGCGGGGGUUGUUAUGUCAUAUACUGACAGCCUGCAGAGUUGAUAUGAAAGAAGCUGGUCUUUUUGCUCAAGAUCUUGGGUUUGCACCUGCAGAUUAUUAUCCUGGUUUGCUUAAAAAUAUGGUUUUAUCAUUAGUGUCUGAACUCAGAGAGAAUCAUCUUAAUGGAUUUAACACUCAAAGGCGAAUGGCCCCUGAGCAGGUGAGGUCCCUGUCACGAGUUUGUAUACCACUGGUGACCCUGCCAGAUUUCGAACCCCUGGUGGCGGCUCUGCUCACCUACCAUGGACAUGAACCUCGGGAAGUGCUCUGGCCUGAGUUCUUUGACGCUGUGAAUGAGGCCUUUUUGUUGAAGAAGAUUUCUCUGCCCACGUCAGCUGUUGUCUGCCUCUGGCUCCGGCACCUUCCCAGCCUCGAGAAGGCAGUGCUGCACCUUUUUGAAAAGCUGAUCUCCAAUGAGAGAAAUUUUCUGAGGAGGAUUGAAUGCCUUGUGAAAGAGUCACUGCUGCCUGCAGCAGCCUGUCACCCUGCCAUAUUCAGAGUCAUCGAUGAGAUGUUCAGGUGUGUGCUCCUGGACACUGACGGCGCCCCGGGCAUGCUCACUGCCAUCCAGGUCUUUACACGGUGCUUUGUGGACGCUCUGGAAAGAGAAAACAAGCAGGUGCGGUUUGCCCUCAAGACCUACUUCCCUUAUGCUCCUCCAUCUCUCAUCACGGUGCUACUCCAACGUCCAAAAGACAUCCCACGAGGGCUGUGGCACCAGCCCCUGGAACGUAUUUCUGGAAUGCUCAGAGAAAUAGCUGAGGACCAGACUCACGGGUCCUGCGGAGGGCCCUUUGAAUGCUGGUUUUUGUUCACUCACUUUGGAGAAUGGGCUGAAAUCACAGCUGAGCAGUUACUGAUGUCAGAAGCUGGACCCCCUGAGGCCCUGCUGUGGCUCUUGGUAUUCAGCUACAGCCCACCCAACCGGAGUCAGCAGAGAGCACAGACCAUGGUGGAGGUGAAGGCAGUGCUGGGCCGCCUCACGACGCUGUUCAGAAGUCCAAUCUUCUCGGCCAGGGACGUGCAGGCAGCAGCUGGAGAACAGGGAGCUGCGGCCGCCAGGCCACCUGCGUGUCAGCGGCUCAUCAGGCAUCUCCUCCUUAACUUCCUGCUCUGGGCUCCCGGGGGCCACGCAGUCGCCCGCGAAGUCAUUACCCUGAUGGCUCCAACUGAGGAGAUAACACACGAAAUCGCUGGCUUUCUUGACCAAACUGUGUGCAGGUGGGACCGUGUUUGUAUGGAAGCCCCAUGGCCAAGACAGCUGGCCAUGGAGCUCCUGACAGAGCUGCACUCACAGGGCCACCUCAGGCCUGUGGAAAUGCAGCCACCACGGGGGGCGCAGGCUUGCUGAGGCCAUGAGACUCAAGCCCAGCACGGACGCCGUGGUGCUGGGCCACCCUUCGGCAGCCGGCAGCAGGCACACAGGCCAGCCCUCCUGUGGGAGAGCAUUGCCCGGCAAGGUGCCCGGUUCCUGUGCUGACUCAGUUUCUUCGAAUUUGCUCCACUCUGACUGCGCCUGAGGAGCUCCUCUGCCCCUGGGGACGGGUGACGGGGUGGAGGACCGACAUGUCCUGGAGAUGUUCAAAGAGGUUAUGUGUCAGCUAUCUGGUUAACUGACAUGGGACCUGGGAACUUCUAAUAAAGAAAUGGUUACCCCGAGGUUAAUAUUUCACA